CUUUUUUCCCCUUGUUCUAUUACUCGUUCGCUUUAUUCCACUCACGUUCCUUCAUUUCUCUCCCAAAAAUCUAACCGUCGCCAACUCCGCCGCGUUCCAGUCUGCAUCCACUAUUCUUCAUCUCCUCCGGUUUGUGGGGUUGGAUUCUUAUCGCUUAAAAAUAAUGGAAAACUCAGAUAAAACUCCGACAAGUUCAUCCCCGCCGCGGUCACCUUCACUAGCGGCGGAAGAGUCAGAGUCGAAGAAGUUGAAGAUGUCUACCACUACUUCUGAUGAUGAACAAUGCACAACUGCUGAAGGAACCAAGAUAAGGUACAAGCGCCGUAAGGUGGCUAUUUUCUUUGCUUACUGUGGUGUUGGUUAUCAGGGUAUGCAGAAAAACCCUGGUGCGAAGACCAUUGAAGGUGAACUAGAAGAAGCCUUAUAUGUGUCUGGAGCUGUACCUGAACAGGAUCGCGGACUUUCUAAACGGUACGAUUGGGCUCGGUCAGCUAGAACCGAUAAAGGAGUUAGUGCUGUUGGUCAGGUUGUCUCGGGCCGGUUCUACAUUGAUCCGCCUGGCUUUAUUGACCGUCUUAAUUCAAACCUUCCCUCUCAGAUACGAAUCUUUGGUUUUAAGCGAGUGACUGCUUCUUUUAGUGCUAAGAAGUUCUGCGACCGGAGGAGGUAUGUCUAUCUCAUCCCUGUGUUUGCUCUCGAUCCAUGUUGUCAUCGUGAUAGAGAGACUGUAUUGGCUAGUUUAGGGUCUGAAAAUGAGCUUGUUAAGUGUUUAGAGUGUUCUGAGAGAGGUCGAAAGGUGGAAGGUUUGUUUGGUAAUAGUAAGCGCAAUCUGGAGCAAGAAGCUGUGGAUGUGGAGACCGAUGGUUCAUCAAACAGAACUGCUGUGGUUAACUCUGGAGUUGCAGAGAAUGUGGAGGUCUCUUUGAGCAAAGGUGAUGAUAGUCGUUUGAAUAAAGAAUCCAUUAAUGACAAUGAGGGUAAGGUUUCAGUUGAAGAACUGAACUAUAAAACUGGUCUUGAGACUGUGGUUUCAGAUCAGGAUAAGGUUUCUUCUUUAAAUGGUGGAUCUGAGAAUAAUUCAGGCGUUCUCAAGGAAGAAAAAGUGAACGGAGAGGAUACGGCUGCCAAAGGAAGUGGGUUUAGUUAUGGUGAGAAGGAGAGGGAGAGAUUUAACAAGAUUUUGAAGUAUUAUGUGGGAACUCAUAACUUCCAUAACUUCACAACCAGAAUAAAACCUGAGGAUCCUUCUGCUCACCGUUUCAUUAUUUCAUUUGACGCAAGCACCACUGUUGUGGUCGAGGGUAUGGAAUUUGUGAAGUGUGAAAUUGUGGGACAGAGCUUCAUGCUUCAUCAGAUACGGAAGAUGAUGGGGCUUGCCGUGGCAAUCAUGAGAAAUUGUGCACCUGAGUCACUUAUCGAAAAAGCUUUGCAGAAGGAUGUUAGCAUCACUGUGCCUACUGCACCUGAGGUUGGAUUGUAUUUGGAUGAGUGCUUCUUUACUUCAUAUAACCAAAAGUGGAAAGACACCCAUGAAGAGGUAUCAAUGAAAGCAUUUGAAAAAGAAGCUGAGGAUUUCAAAAUGAAGUACAUAUAUUCUCAUAUUGCUUCAACAGAAUAUAAGGAAGGAACUGUUGGCCUAUGGUUGCAUUCUUUGAACCAUAGAAACUAUCCAGACCUGCGCAUCCUUGACGAGGAAGGUGUCACAGAUGACAAGAAAACUGAAAUUGACACGAAUGACAAGAAAACUGAAAUUGAAGUUGUAACCGAAUGAAGCUGUUUUCCGGCUGGUCAUUGUAGAACUCAUUCUUUCUAAUUGAUUUAUGCCUUCACUUGACAUUUCAGACAGUUAUAUUUAUCGAUACUGCUAUGCAUUAUAGACCAUUAUAUGCAAGACAUGGCCCUUUUCCGUGUCUAUUAUUUGGUUGAGACACUAGGAAAGGGAAAUGGAAUAGUAUUUUCAUUAA